AGCUGCUCAUAGAAUAUAGAUCUAUCGAUGUCAGUCAAUGUCAAAUGAUAAAGUGAAUAAUGCUAUUUUCAAAAAAAUAAUAAUUUAUAUGUACGUCCGAUGUUGUUAUAAUUCGUCGUAAAUAUAAAUACGCGAAAAUGUUUACACUAGGUGGUCAACGGAUCUUACAUAAGUGCCUCAAGAUUUUGAGGUUAACUAUAGUAGAUUUUAGCAGUUUACCCGAUAUUAAGACAUUGAAUCUUGUAAGAACGGUGGAGAAGACGAUAGAAAAUAACACGAGUAUUUUUAUCGAAAGUCCUAUUCAUGUAAAGGUGCAACCUAUCGACGUGAACGACAUAAAGGCACAUAAUAAGCUGACUAUGACAUUGUACAGUCAAGGAAAAGAUACGAACGAUUUUCAAGUAAAACAGACUUCGAAGCGACUUGAACUACUGAACAAGAACACUUCGCCAGACCGCAAUGAUGUAUGUUUAAUACAAGUUCCAUAUAAAUUAAAGGUACAAGUAACAGCUACUGAAAAUGCGUCAGUACAUUUAGCGAAAUUAGAAGCUGAGGAAUUUGUGGUCAAAACUCAAAAAGGUUCUGUAAACGUUGCUGAUUUAAAAGCAGACAAUAUCAAAGUAGAAAGUGCAUCAGGAGAUGUACUAACAGAUGGCAGAUUACAGGCCAGCAACAUUGACUUGAAGACGGGAAUUAAUGGAGCUAUCAAAUGUCACAGUAUAAUGGCAAAUAACUUCAAUGUAUCGUCACACGGAGGACAUAUUUCUGUCAAGUCCUGUUAUAGUGACAAAUCACAUUUCACAACAUUAAUGGGUAAUAUUAAACUUGAUAACUUACACAGAUCUGUGAAAAUAGAUGUCAUACAGAAAGGCAACCUUUACAUCACGGGAUUUUCGGGUAAUCUAGAAGCUUCCUUGAAAAGUGGAGAAGUAUUCAUGCAUGCAGCACAGUUAACAGAAAAAAGUAGUAUAUUUAUACAUGAGAAAGGCAAAGUUGAGUUAUUGGUACAUGAUAUAUUAAAAAACUUACCAGCAACUAAUCUCAUAGCAGAAAAAAUAAAAGUUGAUGAUAAAAUAUUAAAACUUGGCAGAUUUAUGGACGAUUCUCAUCCAAAGAGGUUUAGAUUUGAAAAGGAACCUCAAAAUGAAUUGCACAUAGUAUGUAAAAAUGGUUCAAUUGAAUUGAAAGACACAAACUUACCUUUCUUUUUGUAAUCCUAUUAUAUUAUAAUAUUCUAGGAAGGUCCUAGUCAUCAUAUAUGAAGUAAAGUGAACAUUAUUUAUUUUAAUAUGGCAUUAGUUACAUUUUAAUUGCAUUUCACUGAAUGUAGAUACAUCUUUUGACAAUUUUAUUAAUUAAGUAUGAUAAAUAUAUUUAUAUUUUUUUCCAAGCAUUAAUGACUAUUUAAAUAAUAUAAUAUUCAGAAGCAUUUAAAUAUAUAUUAAUAUAAAUCUUCAAUUCAAUCUUUAUUUUAAAAUAUUUUGCCAUAGAAAAAUGUUAUUUCAUCUUUCUUGCUUGGUGAUUUAUUAAAACUAUUAAUUAAUUGAAAUUGUGAGCCAUCUAAUGGCAACAUUUUAUGGAUUUACUAGCCCAAUAGUAGUCACAAUUAUAAAAAAUUGGACAAUCAUAGAAUAUAUAUAGCGGGCUAGCUAUAUAUUAAGCAAGUUUUCUGCUUGAGAAUCAGUACUAUGAUAUUGUAUAAAUCAUACCUGGAAUUGUAUUGUUAAUACUUUAUUUCAUUUUAUAAUAUAUUAUGCCAAAUUAUAGAUAAUAGAUUAAUUGUUAUUGUGAUUAAAAAAAAUUGUAUGAAUAUUUAAUAAAAAAUAAUUUUAUUAAAAAAUAAGCAUUUAAAACAGUUGCAUUAAUAGAGUAGAAUUAGUAAUUAAUAGUUAUUUAAUGAAAAGAAAAAUAGAAAGUUAUUAAUACAUAAUACCAAUUUAUAUUUUAGUUUUCUGAAUUAAAAUACAACAAAAUUAAAAAAUAUAUAUUACUUCAUAAUGUAUUUAUUUACUUCAUUUCGCUUCCUUCUUUACAUUGUGAUAUUUGGUUCCUAAUUAGUUUCGUAUGGUAAAUAUCUUUUCAUUAGUAAAUGAGCUGUCAAUUGUUUGUGUGAACUUUGGACAUGAAGAUAUAUAUAUUUUUUAGUUUCAAAUAAAAAUAACUCAAUUUAAUCUACUAUGCCUUAAA